AUGGCCCGCCUCCUCCCGCUCACCGUCUUGGCGACCUCGCUCCUCCCCACGGCCUCGGCCUGGGGAUCCAUGGGCCACGCGACGGUCGCCUACAUCGCGACCAACUUCGUCGCCCCCGAGACGAAGACGUACAUGCAGCAGCUCCUCGGCGACACCUCCGACGACUACCUCGCCACCGUCUCCAGCUGGGCCGACUCCUACCGCUACACCACCGAGGGCGCCUUCACCUCGACCUUCCACUACAUCGACGCCCUCGACGACCCCCCGCACAGCUGCGGCAUCGACCUCGAGCGCGACUGCGGCCCCACCGGCUGCAUCGUCUCCGCCCUCGCCAACUACACCUCCCGCAUGCUCCUCCCCGAGCUCGACCUUGCGCAGCGCCAGAUCGCCGCCAAGAUGGUCAUCCACUUCACCGGCGACAUCGGCCAGCCCCUGCACUGCGAGAACCUCGAGGCCGGCGGCAACGGCAUCCCCGUCGAGUUCAACGGCACCGGCACCAACCUCCACGCCGCCUGGGACACCAACAUCCCGCAGUCCAUCACCGGCUCCGGCAGCCCCCUGCCCGUGGCCAAGGAGUGGGCCUCCGCGCUCAGCACGCAGAUCAACUCCGGUGACUUCAAGUCGGCGGCCAACUGCUGGGUUCAGGGGCUGGAUCUGGAGGACCCCGAGGGCACGGCGGUGCAGUGGGCUACGGAGAGCAAUGCAUUUGUCUGCACUGUUGUACUGCCCGAGGGCCGUGAGGCGGUGGAGGGGUUGGACAUUAGCGGUGCCUACACGACUAGCGCACAGCCGACAGUCAGCAUGCAGAUCGCGAAGCAGGGUUUUAGACUCGCCAAGUGGCUGGACGCCAUCGUUGCUGAGGUUGCCUGA